AUGCCUUCCAUAGAGACUCCCGCCGUCUCCAAAGCCGGCAUCACCACGUCCGCAACCGGCGAACGCCAUAUCCCGGCAUCCAUCCGCCCCGAUGGCACAAUGCGCAAAGAGAUUCGAGUUCGUCCUGGAUAUCGUCCACCUGAGGACGUCGAACUCUACAAGAACCGCACUGCUGAGGGCUUCCGUAAUAGAGGAAAGGCGGGCGUUCCAGGAGCUGAGGUGUUAAAGAGCGAGGAAGAUCCUGGCAAAUCAAGUCCUGCUGCAAAUAAAAAUGCUAAACGGAGGGAAGCUAGGAAAAAGGCUGCAGCCGCUGCAGGUGACGUCGACGAGGAAGUCAAUGACAAGACAAAGCCCGAGCCUGAAGCUGCAAAGCUCGUCGAUCCGGAAGCUGAGAAAGAAAAGGAAGCCAAGAAGCUCACCAAGAAGUUGAGGCAGGCGCGCGAGCUCAAGGAGAAGAAAGACAGGGGUGAGAAGCUACUACCAGAGCAGUUUGAAAAGGUCACCAAGAUCAACGAACUGAUUCUCUCACUGGAUCGUCUCGGCUUUGAUCCGCAGGGCGAGAGGAAGGGAGAGACUUGA